CUUUGAAAAUCAUAUUAAUGUAGAAACUGCUUUUAGUGACAGUGUGUUUGCAAUUUAUUUUUUUAAAAUUCGGAUCUUCGCUGCGCUCCUUUGCCAACAGUUUUGACAGUGUGCGCAAUUUUAGGCCUGAUUUUCUACGGUCGUUUUAUUACAUCUGCGACAGUAUCAGACGUUAGACGCGUUCUCUGUGGUUAAUGGGGAUCAGUAAAUGCGUGUUGUUUUUACAGAUAAAUCUCAAGUUAACCUGCACGACGAGCAGUGUGAUUAGCGCGUCGUUGCACAAGCCUGUAAGUCAGUGACGGCGCUGUCUAAAUACAUCCAGCUUCUAAAUUUAGCACGAAUGUAACGGGGCUGAUAUGUCAUCGGGCCUGAGCGCAAUACAGUUAGAACAGGAGUACACAUGUGCUGUAAACAGUAUUAGUGUAUUACUGUGUUUUGACAGUAGCUGGAGCAGUCACAGAACUCAGCUGUUUGCGCUGUUCGUCGCACACAGUUUGCGUAAAGGAGGCAGCAAAAAAAAUAAAAAGGGAGAUGUGCGAUAGUACUGUGGGAAAGGUGUAAAGGUGUCAAUGUGUUGCAUGUGUUUGUGUCUCUGGUUUCUCUUGUUACUGUUCAGCUUGUCUCUUGGUGGAUUAAUGCACCGUAGGGGAGAUUAGUAUUUAAUUUCGGAGUGUCCACAUUCAGCGCCUGCGUCAUGAUUCAGCGCAGUGCUGACAUGUUGCAAAAAAAGCAAAAAAAAAAACAACAACCCAAAACUAAUCCUGGCUGAAUUUAAGUAGUCCCCUUGGCUUUUGGGAAUUUGUUUCCUUUUAUCCCGCUUUUCGGCUUGGAGACUUGGAUGUGGAUUUGAAAUCAUGAUUAAGAUUAUGAUGUUGAGAGUUUGGUGCUGGGUUUUUAGUAAUGGCCAUCUGUUUCAUUCUGCUGCUCUGUCUUUGAGUUGUUGAACAGAAGUUUGAGUCAGACUGCCACAUGCACAGAGUGGCAUCUAGAAUAGUUGCUCUGUUGUGGCCAGAAACCUCCAAUCGGACACUGUUAUUGCAUCAGUUAUCUCAUUUAAAGCUGCCUGAGGCAAUAUUGUCUACCACUGUAUACUCUGCAUGUAGCUUUGUGUGAUGAGGUCAUGGAAGUGAUCCAUUUGAGCCAAAAUCUCACUCUUCAGCUUGCUUAAAUGCUCUGUUGCAGGCAGCUUUUUCUACCCUUGGCUCUGUAUGAUAUCAUUUAGAGUGCAUAUCCCUACUACAGCAAUCAGGGACACUCAGCAGUCCCACCCACUUGCCAGUCAUACCUUUCGUAUGCAAGUGUGAGGCCGUUGAUGGAAAGCAGGCUUAAAAAUGGAGCUAAGAUGGCUUGUUUCAGACCGUGGAUGGACUGCAGCUUUUCAUCACAGCCCAGUAUUUGAAUUCUGCAUGAUAAUGCAAAUCUAAGCUACGGAGCUGGGAAUGAACACAUUGGGUCCACUUUAAUAUUGACAUGCUCGCAACAAUACACAACUCUUCAAACUGUUCACCAAAGUAGGAAUAUUUGCAGAACUGCUGUGUUGGAAUGCAUUAGUCUUACCUUGGUUAACCUGAGAAACUUUCAACUGUGAGCAUGUGGAACGAAGUAUUUGUACAACAGUUCACACAAUGCAGGUUUCACUAGGAAGGUCAUGGAAGUGAUCCAUUUGAGCCAAAUGCAGGUUUCACUAGGAAGACCAGCCUUUUGGCUUUAGACUUCCCGCCCAUUGCCUUAUAAAUCAGCCCCACCCCUUUGUGUUUUACUGGGUUUCAUAAUACUCAGCUUACUCGAGUGCUCACUGUAGCUGUAGCUGUGCUGGUGAGGAGUCCUCCUGUUACAAAGGGGAAGAGGAUCGUCAUUCUUUGGCCUGUCUCUACCAGCCUUUUUGAUCAGCUGCUUGUUUUCUUUGUGUCCGGAGGAGAAGAGACGAGUCAUUCACUACAGCUUCACUGGUGUCCGUAGCUUCUGUCAUCUACCAGCGUGAGCCAGCAUGGAGGAAGAGUCUAAACAAAGAAGUCUGAACAUGGAUUUUUCCCAGCUGCACACAUACACGCCACCACAGUGUGCUCCAGAGAACACCGGCUAUACUUACUCUCUCAGCUCCAGCUAUUCAACAGCAGCGUUAGAGUUUGAGAAAGAGCACCAGAUAGCUCCUGUGUACGAGUCGCCCAGGAUGUCACGACGGAGCCUGCGUCUCCAGACCAGUGCCAGUCACUAUGGAAACGAGAACCUGGUUGAUUACUCCCAGAACCACCACAGCAGCAGCAGCAGCAGCUACACCAGCACCAGCACCAGGAGAGAGACACGGACGCUGCGGAGCAGAAAGCAACAGUCCAGUUCCAACUCCCUGUCUUUAUCCCUGAGCCAGGCCGCAACACCAAGGAAAACCCUCACCUUCUCAGCUGGUAAUACCCCCAUUAACAGCAGCAGCAGCUUGCAGCAAAGCAGCACAGCGUCUGAUGCCGCUCAGAUCACAGCCAUCGUUGAGCAGCCCCAUCUGAGGCAACGCACUGUCACUACCACCACAACAACAACUUAUGUGGAUGGACACUGGGGGCAGACUCCCAGCCACAGUUUAUCAAGUGUCAACGGCGAUGCCAGUACGUCAAAGUCCCACGCCGCGCUCUCCAAUGGCUACAUUUGCAGAGACUGCUCUGUACACUCUCAGAAGACGGACUCCUUUGUCACACAAUCCGCAUCGUCAUUAUUAUCGUCAUCGUCGUCGUCAACAUUUCAAGCUGCCGAACCUUCCACGGAUGCCCUCUCGUCAACAUCAUCACCUUUCACCAGUAUUUACAGCAGAGACAGGAGUCGAAGGAACAAGACGGGUGUCCUGGCUUCUAUGUCUAACACGUGUAUACGCUACAGCAAACAAGCCUUGGCCCCCAUAGUGUCCUUAGUCACUGUGCUCUUCAACAGUGUGGUCUGGCUGGGUUCAAGGGCCAAGAGCCAAACAGGAAAAGGUGCCUUGACAUCGUUUUCGGACUCGGUGAGACAAGCGGCGUCCUCAAGUUUAUCCCAACUGUGGCUAUUAAAGCAGACCACUCUCCACAGGAUGAUGGGCCACGGGGCUAAUGGAUAUGAAGGACAAGCUCACUCGAGCUACUGUGGAAGCAUGAAUGUGAAGGAUCUGGUUACUGAAGAUGCGUCACAUCUUAAUCUCAAUGGCUCCCUGUGUGAUGACUGUAAAGGGAAGCAGGUCUCUGAGACACACACCGUCCUCCUCAAACAGUCCUCUAGGUCCCGCCGACUGGCGGGGGCACUGUGGAGCGUCCUAGUUUAUGCAGGUCACUGCCUCCUCCAGCCAGGUUACUGUGUGAUGAGAGCAGGCAAAGCUUUAGGUUCAGGUGUAGGGACGGCAGCACAAAGGGUGCUCUCACUGUUCUGGAUGCUCCUGGCGGCUCCAGUGAAGGCAGGCAAAGGACUUCUGUGGUUUCUUGCAACAGGAUGGUACCAGCUGGUGUCUCUCAUGUCUCUGCUCAACGUCUUCUUUCUAACCCGAUGCCUUCCCAAACUCUGGAAGCUCCUGUUGUUGCUUUUGCCCCUUUUGCUCCUCCUUGGUGAGUGCCUUAUCAAAUAUCUAACCUAUUUAGCGAGCACAUAUAGAAAAAACCCUGUGGCAGUCUCCAGUGUGGACAUGGAGCGUCUUGAACGCGUCGAGCGCCAGCUAGCCCUUCUUUGGGAGCGAGUCCAGCAGGGUGACCAGAAGCAGGAGCAGCGCCAUGAUAACAUUUUGGGUCUCUACAGCACCCUGAGGGAGCAGCUCCAUACGCAGACUGACAGGGACAGCCUAGGACUGUGGGUGGCCUCCUUGCUGGACCAGAGAAUCGGUGUGCUGCGAGGAGAGCUGGAGCAGGAGAACACACAGAGAGCGCAGGGUGCAGAGCUGCAAAAACAACAGCAAGAGAGUCAGGCAGCACGACUGGCUGAUUUAGAGUUACUGCUCAAAGCUCUGUCUGCCAAGACUGAGGAGGUGCAGCAGAAGCAGCAGCAGUAUGAACAUGAGAAGAAGAAAACAGAGAAAGAAGCUGUCACUUCAGCUGCAGACACGGCUCCUGUGAGUGUGGGCGUGAAGCAGGAAGACCAUGACGCUCUGCUAACAGAAGUACAGAGACUUGAGGUAGAGCUGAGUAAAAUCAGACAGGACCUGCAGGGCGUUGCAGGAUGCAAGGGCAGGUGUGAGCAGCUGGACACGCUGCAAGACACUAUAUCAGCCCAGGUGUCCUCUCAGCUGCGUAAGGAGUUGCAGGCUCUGUUCUUUGGUGUUGGUGCUUCCGGAGAGGAGCAGGGCGAGGUGCCCGAGUCUCUGAUCCACUGGCUAUCCCAGCGCUACGUGAGCACCCCUGACCUGCAGGCUUCUCUGGCCUCACUGGAGCUUAGCAUCCUGAGAAACAUAUCCCAGCAGCUGGAGGUCAGCCGGACCCAGACAGUGGUUGAGGCUGAGUCCAGAGCCAAGAGCAUUGUUCAGACAGUAACCGGAACUGUCCGGCACGCUUCUGCUGCCGAGGGACUGACAGAAGAGCAAGUGAAGCUGAUUGUGCAGAAUGCUCUGAAGCUCUACUCCCAGGAUCGGACAGGCCAGGUGGACUAUGCCCUGGAGUCUGGAGGUGGCAGCAUCCUCAGUACCCGCUGCUCUGAGACCUAUGAAACCAAGACGGCCCUCAUGAGUCUGUUUGGCCUGCCACUCUGGUACUUCUCCCAGUCUCCACGUGUUGUCAUUCAGCCUGAUGUGUAUCCUGGAAACUGCUGGGCAUUUAAAGGCUCUCAGGGCUAUCUGGUGAUCCGGCUGUCCCUGAGGAUCCUGCCCACAUCCUUUGCUGUGGAGCACAUCCCCAAGACCCUCUCCCCAACUGGAAACAUCACCAGCGCCCCACGCAACUUCACCGUCUUUGGUCUAGAUGAUGAGUACCAAGAAGAGGGAAAGCUCCUGGGACACUACACAUACCAGGACGAUGGGGAGUCACUGCAGAUCUUCCCGGUUAUGGAGGAGAAUGACAAGACGUUCCAGAUAAUCGAAGUGAGGGUGUUGUCCAACUGGGGUCACCCCGAAUACACCUGCCUGUACCGCUUCAGAGUCCAUGGAGAACCUAGACCUCACUGAACCAACCUCCACUACAUUCACUUAUAUAUGAUGCACCACCCCAUCUGUACAUAGCUCUCACUGACUUAAACC